AGCCAUAGCCAUUGCGCUCUAGGACUUGUAGGGGAAUGAAUAACUAACACCAGCAUGUUUAAACUCGGGUGGAGUAUCUGGAGAAUAUUCAAUACUGCAUCAAAUACUGCAUUAUUGUAUCAGCACAUGAUGCUACAAACCUCGGUAAGGCGACGGUUUGCUCUGCGACGCCCAACUUGAGCCCGAAAUCAGCCCCAGGAGGCUUGCGUGGCUUUCCACGGCGGGUAGCCACUUCAAGCUGCAGGUAAGUUGCGCGUAUAACGUCUCCCUGUAGCCGACAGUCCAUUCUCAUUAUGUGACCCCGAUCAAACCAUUCUCGCCUUCCCUACAAUUGUGAAAAGUCUGCACUUGGACCGAUCUAAGAUGAUUACUCUUGCCUCCCUAAAGCGGGCUCUUCGACAGAAAGCCGCCGAAACGGUAUCGUCCCCGACACAGCCUCUAUCUGAUACACAGUAUCGCGCUGGAUUUGACAUCUUGGUGCGGAGCUCAGGCUGGGCGAUCUACGAAGACUUUGUUAUUCCGCAACUGGUUCAGCUGCUAACCCCCCUCUUCAACUCGCGAAUCCGAAUAUCGGUGCUAGAAAUUGAACCUGGUCCACAAAGCAUCCUCGAAUAUUCGCCUGUCCAUUUGAGACGGAAGGUCAGUGAAUACACUGCAUAUGAGCCUAACGCUUCAUUUGCCGCAAGCCUGUACAAGUGGAUUUCUUCUACCUCGGAUACGGGGUCCCGGCUGCCUUGUCUAGAUAGCCAACCGAAAAUCCAUCAAGUCCCGUUUAGACCGGACAGUCACACGAGGAGCAACACCAGCACAAGUACCAGUGAUCGGGACGAGAAAUUCGAUGUCAUCAUAUUUUCUCGCGGUAUGGACUAUAUGAACCCCAAACACAAAUUCGUUGAACGUGCGUUGGAGAUGCUUGUUUCAGAAGGUGGGAUGGUGGUAGUUUUUCAUAGCGAAGAAUAUCUACACCUCGAAGGCUUAGCGUGCCAUCGGACAGCUUCUUUCCCAACUGGGGUUAUUCGAGUGGUAGAUAACGGCGAGGUAUUAGAUAAUUUCGCUUCCUUCGUUGCCGGGUUUACCCUGCCGGCUGUCGACGAAGACAGGAACAUCCGUUUUAAGUGGCGUGGGGUGUGUCGAGACUUGGGCCGUCAUGAAGAAGCUUACCCGGGUCAUCUCUUGUUCAGCUCUCCCACUGUCAUGGUAGCCUUUAACCAGUAUGCAACUUCGUUGCCGAAGCUGACGGCCCAAGUGCCAUUGGUAAAGGGGGGCGUGACGAUGAAAAGUCGGGAGGGUCGUCUUCAUCACCCUGCCGCCACUGUUAGACCAACAGAGAUUCAGCAUGUUCAACAGUGCGUUGAAUGGGCUCUAAAACAUGGGCUCGGCCUGACCGUUAUCGGUGGAGGCCACAGCGGCCACGGUAUUUGGCCCAACGUUGUGUCGGUCGAUAUGAGCGCCUUUGAUCAAAUACACAUCGUCACCGCCGAAGAAGAGCAUGGAAAAUCUCGUCCCAGCUGCGCUUUCUGGGCCGUCGUAGGGGCAGGUUGUAAAACGGGGGAUAUCGUUUGCAAAACUAUGGAAGCUGGUUUGACAGUACCCAUGGGGACCCGUCCAAGCGUCGGGGCGGGACUAUGGCUGCAAGGCGGCAUAGGGCACCUUACCCGGCGGCACGGGCUGACGUGUGAUGCCAUUAUCGGUGCCGUAAUCGUUAGCGUCAACUCCGGCCAGGUCCUCUGUGUUGGUUGUGUACCAAGCCAACACCAGCCUCCCGGUGCCGUACGCCUAGAUAACGAAGCAGAAUUGUUAUGGGCGAUAAAGGGCGCCGGGACCAACUUUGGCAUCGUGAUUGGUUUGAUUUUUAAGACUUACGAGGUUCUGGACUAUUUGGUUCACACUUGGACUCUCCCGCUGCACGACAACGACGAAGCACGGGACAAGCUCUAUAGAUACGAUGAAAUUAUCACCAAAUGCCUUGUCCAGAGCUACUCUACGGACAUUUAUUUACACGGGGACAAGAAUCAGUUCUUUCUUAACGUGACUAUCCUCGAACCUUUCACAACUAGUUCCAUGAUUGAAGAAUCCAUCAUUCCGUCUUUAUCAUCUCUAGAUGCAAUUUUAGGGUUAAGACACAGCGAUGCGGUGAGAGACGGCCUUGGCUUAGUUGACGAUGAAAAGUAUAGACCCACAAUGCCAGGUGACCAUAGCGGCGUCAAGACUUCCUCAUUCAAGCGAUGUUUAUUUUUAUACUCCUUCGAGGACAGGGAUAUCGUCGACUCAUUAUUGACGGCUUUUACGACUCGUCCCUCGCCACUCUGCUACCUCCAUUUGAUGCGAACUGAUGGAACAAUUGGCGAUGUGAUGGCCGAUGCUACUGCGUUCGGCUGUCGAGAUUGGUGCUAUGCCUGUGUAGUAACGGGUGUCUGGCCUCGUGGCCAAGAUGGGACUGAGGUCUGUCGAGCUGCCAUACAAUGGGUUUACGAGGUUACCGGGGACUUACUACCCUUCAGCAGUGGAGCUUACGGUGCUGACCUUGGGCCAGAUCCCAGGGAUGCAGCAUUGGCGGCCAAAGCCUUUGGGCCGAACUGGCUGCGCUUGGCCCGUCUCAAACACACCAUGGACCCAUGCAAUGUAUUAGCUUACACCUGCCCACUCCCGAAAGCACCGAUGGGACCGAAACUCAUACUUCUCGUCACGGGCGAAAGCUGUGCCGGCAAGGACCAUUGCGCCGGUAUUUGGGUUUUCGCAUUCAUUUCAUGCACCAACAAAGCUCUCUCGGCACGUUCAGUCAGUAUCAGUGAUGAGACAAAGCGGGAAUACGCAGCAGCUACCAGCGCUGACAUAAAUCGCCUACUGCGGGACCGUACCUACAAAGAGCAACACCGGCCAGCAUUGACAGCGUUUUUUCAGGACCAGGUACGGCGACGACCUCGGCUGCCAGAAGAACAUUUUUUGAGUGCGGUGUACGGCGCCCUAGAUGUAGAUGUGUUGCUAAUCACUGGUAUGAGAGACGAGGCGCCGGUUGCAAACUUUUCGCAUCUGGUGCCGGAUAGCAGAGUGCUCGAGGUUCGCGUCGAAGCCAGCUACGUGACGCGGUGGCUUCGCCGGGGAAGUUACGGCCAUGGCCAUGCCAACAGCCCCAGCAGAAAUGAAGAGCCGAGCAUGAAGGCUCUAGAUUGCCUCCCCAGCCUUGUAUUCAACAACGAAAACAACGAUAUAACCGGAAAUAGAGCUGCAGUAGCGUUCGCCGAACGCCGCCUGCUCCCCCUUUUCCACGAGGAUCUGCAAAGGCUCGCCAACAUGGUUCGCUCGGUCCCUAGCUUCCCGCGCCCGGGUAUCGACUUCCAGCACGUUCUCGACAUCUCGCAGCAGCGUGGCGGGCUAGCGCUGUGCACGUCUCUACUGCAAACGCACUUCACCGGCGACUGGACCCAGGUCGAUGUAGUGGCCUGCUGCGAGACCGGCGGCUUCAUUUACGCAUCGGCAUUAGCCGCGCAAGUUGACGUACCGCUAGCGCUGAUCCGCCAGGCCGGCAAGCUCCCCCCACCCACCGUGUCCGUCGCCAAGUCCCCAUCGCAUAUCUCGUCGUCUUCCUCGGCUACAGCUGGCAACGGUUCGAAGGAGAGCAGGAUUGAGAUGGACCGCGAUGUGAUCCCUAAGGGCGCGUCGGUCGUGGUCGUGGACGAUGUGCUGGCCACGGGGGUGACGCUCUGUGCGGUGCUGCAGCUACUGACCGAGGUUGGCGUCGGUGCUGCGCAGGUCAGCGUCCUGGCGGUAGCAGAGUUUCCUGUUCACCGCGGCAGGGAACUGCUGCGCCGACGUGGGUUCGGCGGGGUUAAUGUGCAGAGUCUUUUGGUGUUUGGCGGUGCUUAGAAUAAUGACGAUGAUGAUUAUGAUGAUUAUGAUGACGAUGUUUGAAUUUGGGCACAUGGCUUUAAGGGGGGGAAAAGUGGAGAGGCAGAUAAAAGGGGUGGCAACGAAGCAGCCAGUUAGUUAAUAGUGAGAGAGCCUCUUCGAUUUAUCUAUCAAUCCCAGUGAGCAGGUUCUUAACAUUCAAGUUAUUUCCUAUGCCACCAUAUUGGUUCAUCUAUUUUGAUCAUGUUCAGUUUAUGUUACGCCAAAUAUAACAUAACAAUAUUUUCAAAUAUAAGACUAUCGCCAAC